UUUGAUCUCAUUUAUGCGCAUCAAAACGCGUUCUUCCAAACGCCAUUUAUGCCUCUCGGUCUAGUCCCUGAAGGUGGAUCAUCGUACACCUUUCCUACGAUUAUGGGCAAGCCACAGGCCAACCAAUUGUUGCUGGCGGGAGAGAGGUUGUCUGCGCAGCAAGCGUAUAUUUCUGGGUUGAUCACGGCUGUCGUUGAUUCCCCGACGACUGACGAUUUCCUUCUGGAGGUUGUUAAGAAGGCAAAGACGAUUGGACGGUAUAGUGGGGAGGCCUUGCAGAUGGCGAAGCGGCUGAUGAUGGAUGCGACGGAGGAUUUCGAGGCCAGGAAGGCGGCAGGAGAGAGGGAACGAAGGGAUAUUUUGGUGAGGUUUUCGAGAGAGGAGACGAAGAAAAACUUGGCAGUAUUUGAAGGCAAAGAUGUAGAAAGCUCUGACGCAAUGCAAUGAAAUGUUG